AUGGAAAUGGCGAACGCCUUAGCUGCUGUUUUUCAAAGGCACAAAUGUUUCAGUAGUUGUGGUUAUCGAGAUGCCGGCUACGUGAGCGUGCAUGUAGACGACUGUUGGAUGGGACGCCAACGGGAUCGGGCCACAGGGAAGCUUACUGCUGAUCCAAUCCGAUUUCCCAGCGGGAUGCACAACUUAGCCAGAUACAUGCACGUCAGAGGGCUAAAAUUCGGUAUCUACGAGGACUUCGGCACGAAGACAUGCGCCGGGUUUCCUGGCAGCUUGGGUCAUUUGCAGCUUGAUGCCAACACAUUUGCUGAAUGGGAAGUAGACUAUUUGAAACUAGAUGGCUGCAAUGUGGAUACCGGCACUGAUGCCUCAAGGUGA